GCCACAUGAUGGCGAUUCAAGUAUUAUUCCAAAAAUGCUCUUUGAAUAUUAUCCCUAAGACUUAUAUGCGUGUCGCCAUCUUUCGCGAUACACUUGUCAGUAAAAGUUUUUGCAUAUUACAUAUUUUCUAAAGAGAAUAUGUAACCGGUGGUACAACAAAAAUAAAGAAGGAGCAUGUCAAGAGGUUCAUCUUGUUAUCUGUGGUUCGUCUGUUCAUGCUGCGAUGGCAGAAUUGCGAGUGAAGUAAUUUAUUGGUUAAUGUAAUGAUUUGUAAAAGUAAUAACGAGGCAAAAUGCCAAUACAGGCACCUCAGUGGACUGAAUUCCUUUCCUGUCCUGUAUGCUGUCAUGACUUUGAUGCAGCCAUACGUGCACCUAUAUCUUUAGGAUGUGGUCAUACUAUUUGUCGGACGUGCCUUGCAAACUUACAUCGCAAACAAUGUCCCUUCGAUCAAAGUGCUAUAAAUACAGAGAUAGAGAGACUGCCAGUGAAUGAAGCUUUACUGCAGCUGGUUGGCAGUCCUGUGCCUCCCAAUGCUGGGUCACCAUAUUUAAAAUUUUUGUCACCCGAACAUCAUGCAAAUUUUUUAGUUGCUAAAUGUUGCAUAGAGGAAUUGGCACUAUAUCUCAAACCAUGUCAAGCUGCACCGACGACAGCUACAGGUAUGGGACUUGUGUCCCGACCCAUGCAGAGAAAAUUAGUGACAUUGGUAGGAUGCCAACUAGUAGAACCAGAAGGACGAGCUCGUGCAGUACGUGCGGCAAGGAGUUUGGGUGAGCGUUCGGUGACUGAAUUGAUAUUACAACAUCAAAAUCCGCAACAACUUAGUGCCAAUUUAUGGGCUGCUGUUCGGGCACGAGGAUGCCAAUUCCUUGGACCAGCAAUGCAAGAAGAGGUUCUGAAAUUAGUUCUCUUAGCCCUCGAGGAUGGUUCAGCUCUCUCUAGAAAGGUGCUAGUCAUGUUUGUUGUCCAACGAUUGGAACCUCAUUUUCCUCAGGCAUCAAAGACCAGCAUUGGACAUGUUGUGCAGCUUCUUUACAGAGCGAGUUGUUUCAAGGUAUCAAAACGUGAAGGUGAUUCCUCAUUAAUGCAACUAAAGGAAGAGUUUAGAACAUAUGAAGCUCUAAGGCGAGAACAUGAUGCUCAAAUUGUUCAAAUUGCGACUGAGGCUGGCCUAAGAAUUGCUCCUGAUCAGUGGUCUGCAUUGUUAUAUGGAGAUACUGGCCACAAGUCUCAUAUGCAAAGUAUCAUAGAUAAACUUCAAACCCCUCAAUCAUUUGCACAGAGCGUACAAGAACUUGUUAUCGCUCUGCAGCGUACUCCAGAUCCAGGCCAGCUCAGUAGCUUAAGACCUCAACUAGAAUUAUUGGCUGCUAUUGAUCCCAGUCCCGAAACGGAAACUCCUACGUGGGCAGAAUGUUGCGCUGCGUUAGAGGCAGUGAGAACAGUCGUAGCAGCUCUAGUAGAAUUUAUACAGCAACAUGGAAAUAGAAAGCCACAGGAUGGUGCCCAUAAUACUGGACCAGGUCAGCCGAAGUAUAAAGUCAGCAUGUGCCGUGAUCUUGCUUUACGAGGAUCCUGCCCAAGAUCAACCAAUUGUACAUUCGCACACAGUGACUUGGAACUUGAUAAGUAUAGGUCGAAAAACCGAAAGUUGAGUAUCAGAUCGAGUUUACCUCUUGCUGGAACUCAGGAUACAAAAGUGGAAAAGCCUAUAGUUAUACCUAACACUAAAGGUUUCAAGCAAUGUGAAGAUUUGAUAUACCAUCCUGCAAAACCACAUGAUAAUAUCCAUAGAGAAGGUUUUAAUGCAUUGAGCAAAGUGGGUUCAGUACAACAUCCUGCUGUAAACAUUGAAAAUAAUUUUGUUGGACCACUUACGAGUUAUAUGACUCCUCCGCAACAAGGUGUUCCUCAUAUGGUUCCUUCGAAAAAUAUUGAUAUGCAAUGCUCUCAUUACGUCAUGUCUGGAUCUCCGUUAAAUGCUUACGCCGCUCCAAAUUUACAUAUGUGGGAUCCAUCUCAAAUAUCAGCAGCCAUGCAAAACAAUCUACCAAACAACAGCAAAAAGCAACGGUCUGUGGCAAAAACUUUAGCAAUGUUGCUGCAGCGUAGAAUGGAGAUAAUAAGUCAACUUGAAAAUAUCGUUGGCAAGCAAACACCUCCACAAAUGAAAUCGAAUUAUGAGAUACAAGGCGAUUUACUUUCUCCAAAUUUUUCCAUUUGGACUAAUGCACCUGGUAAUCAGAUGACUUCAACGCCAAAUAUAAAUUAUAGCAGCAACUUUCGUCGUUCCGACUCGAUACAACUUGAUGACGAGUUUGUACCAUACGAUGCUACGCCAGCUAGCAAAUACGGUCCAAUUUCAAGAGUAUCUAAAUCUUUGCUUAGACCUACUGGUGUACAACAAGCAGGACUAUAUGGAGAAGGGACUACUCCUCCAAUGUCAACUAUUCGUCCAGUGCCUGCGACGAGUCCCGUAACGUCUUGGUAUUACAGCCACCAACCUUACGCGGCGAUGGGUGCCAAUGGAGGAGUGCAAUCUGUAGCUAAUACUGCUCUUGGGGAUGGUUAUAUAACAGUAGGUCGUGGCGUUCCUGAAGCUCCUACCCACGUUCAACUUACGCGGCAGGAGUCCAUGUCAAAAGAUUUAAUACUGGAGUCCCAAAAAGUGAAGCAACAGUUGAAGCAUUUGGAGAAAAAGAUCAAUGAUUUAAAGCUCGCAACGCAAGGAGCGGCUUUCAGCGAGGGCGAGAGACUGGCUCAAGAAUUGCAGAUGAUCGAGGCAGGAAUUCGGGAGAAAGAAAAAGACGUUCGUAACUGGAGUCCUUACGGCAGCGUGCCCUGGAUCCAACCUCCUAGCAAUUUGCUCUCCAAUCAUAAUAUGAAUCGAGAUUACAGAGCCGAGGACGAGGACACGUACGAAGUUGGAAUCGCAAACGACAUGCGAGAGUUGGAAUUGCGGUGGGAAUUCGAAUUGGAAGAGCAAGAGAAACGGUGGUCAAACGAAGAAAGCACAAUCAAGAAAUGACAGUCUGGUGAAUGGUGAUAAGCUAGGCUCAUCGUCCUUAGAUCUGAUAAACUGGAAGUGCUGAUAACUGAGACACAUUUUUAGCAUUGAAGUAAACCUUACAUCGGCCCAACCGGUCGAACGCAAAUGUAGCUGCCGUAAAAAUGACUUGCUUCUAAGACUACAGUGAAACAAAAGAGCUUAAGUUUUCAAAGUUCACGACUACUAUGUCUGCAGGUAGUAAGUUCGUUUUAUACGAGCCGCCUUGAUCGACGCGCAUUUACUUUGGAUAUAAGAAAGGAAAUACGUUUAUCGUUAUCGCUUAGAAGCGGUAAAGUAUAGUACGGUUAUCGUUUUUUGAUAUAUCCGAUUGUCGGGUGUUUACAAGCAUUUGACAGGACGCAUCACAGUGAAUUGUGAAGACGCGUACGUUCGCGAUACUAUUUUUUACUGUAAAUCCGGCAUGAAAAGCAAAGAAAACAGGGAGACACGUCUGAGCAAAUGGCAACUGCCAAUUUUGCGCUAUUCUAUCUUGAUGUGUAAUAGGGCUCGUUUAAAUAUAACCUGUACUCACGAAAUAGUGCAUGUAAGGAGAAAUUGUUUUAAAAACAACUAAGCAGAAAGGGGGGAAUGGAUUUGUUAAAAUUUAACAGAAGUUAAUGUCAAUGUUUUAUAAACAUGACAGAGUCUAGUAUAUUUAUUUAUAUAUUUGCGCGAUGAGGCAAAGCAUAUAAUAUUAUAUUAUUACAAUAUUCGGGACGAAUGUUAUUUAACCUGGAUAUAGGUUAUAUGGUGGACGCCUAUAGAUACAUAUAAAUGUUAUACAUAGCGGGAAAUAACAUGUUUUACGAGGGGAUUCGGAUAGUUGGUAUAAUUAUUAUUAUUAAUUAUCAUUAUUAAUAUUAUUAUUCUACAUGCAUAAAGCAAGUAAUGUGCGUGCUACGUAAAGAUUGUUCGUGCAAAAUUUUCUAUACAAUCUUAUUCGGUAAAUUCGUACUUUUAUAAAAACCGCAGUGUUUUACCAUUUCGUGAAUUCGCGGCACACGCGCAUUCGUGAUUUCACGAAUAAAUCACUCGUGUUCCGAGCGGCGUCAAUUAUUGGCUCGCGUUAUGGUCAAUAACUUCAGCCAACUGCGGCAAUGUCCAGCAGAGAAAGAAAAAAAAAGAUUGAUACAUAGGUUCCUUCUGUGCCUGGAUAAAAAAAUAAUUUUGCAUUUUUAUUUACAAUUCCUGAUUUCAUAACGAAAGACUGUCAAUCGUUGUCGCGAGGAAGCGACUUAAUUCGUAUGUGUUACAAACCACAGGUUUUGCGUGAUCAUAUAGAUACGUUCGAUUUCAAAGAAUUGCGCUUUAGAAAGAAAGAUGAAAAGAUAAGACAAAUGAAAAUAAUAGAGGAACCAUUUGACAGAUUAGUUUCCUUCUGACUGUACUACAGUCUUCGACUCUCGACCAGAGUACAAAGGUAUUCAUAUCUGUACUUUGUUGUACCACACAAUUUGCACUUUGUACGUAUCUCGAUUAGAGUUUAUGUUAGACGUUUAUUUUUGAAUUAGCGUAUAAACGUGUCGAUAAUUCUCUGGAAAAAGAUUUAGAACAGUCAAUGUAAAAUGACUUACGUCACAUUUUUCAAAUUAAGUAUGAAUUCUGCGUAUCUUGUUUGUUUUAAAGUAAAAUCUUAUCACAUCUUUUGUUAAAAAGAAAAAAAAAGCUAAUUAACGAUAUACUCUGAUUAUUUCUAUAUGUAAAACGACGGAGAGAUUGGUUGAAUUUUCGUGAAGUCGUGUCGUAUAGCUUAUUUAUAUAUGUAUAUGUAUAUACGUAUAUAUAGUCGGCUUUAAUACCCGUCUAUUCACGACGUACUAACGUCUGCACUGCAAUAGCCCUUGGGUUGCUUCUAUUUUUAUGAAAUAAUAUAUAGCUUAAAUAUUAAUAAUUCCAGUUUUAUUGGAAGUAUCGAUAUAGAGAGUUUUACGGGAAGCGGAAGUCGCGAAAUGGCGGCUUCUCUGACUUGGAGUAUUACAAUGUUAUUUUUUAUACCUUUGUAGAGAACCAGAUAUGUUCGAGCAGACUGUUUAUUACUGUAACGGUGCAAUUAAUGUUGCGGACGAUAAUUACGUCCUGUUAAAUGUGCAAAAGCGAGACUCGAUUAUUAAGAUUUGAUGUGACAGAUUCAUGGGAAUUUAAAGUAUAGAAAAUAUUAUUUAAUUUCAUAUCACUCCGAUAUCGAGUCGUUAUAUAGUCAAAUGUUAAACUUAAUAGAAUUGUAAACCUGAUUGAAUACUGUACGCUAGAACAUAACUGAGUUCUUACAGUAAAGAAAACGGUGCAAUGUCAUCAAUUUAAUUUUCGAAAUCUAUAUGUUUUCAUUUAUCUAGAAUAGCGUAGCGCAAGGGACUUAUUAUAAUUAUUGUACGUUAUAAUUUUCUUUUGAAAUUAUCAUAUUUCGAUGUAGAGCUACGAUGUUAAUUAUUUUGCUUUCAAUGAAAAUUGUAUACGUGCGAAUCGAGCUAUUACUUUUGGUCCUAGGUGAACCAGUAAGUGUUGUAGCUUGAAAAAUAAUUUGUCAAAUUGUGAUUAGUUGCACCUUGAUUAUCUAUUCGUUUUUGAAGUCACGUGGCAUUAAAGAAUAUUUUUCCUUGUGAAAGUAAUUGAAAUGAGCGAUAAUUAUUUAUAUAUCUUUGUAAUAUGAAUAUUAACGAAAAAUAUGUUUUCAUUGUAAGUCGAGUGCAUUGUUAUUAAUCAUUAUUAAUCUUUUGCAAUAUCUAUUUCAAUUUUCAUAUUCGAUAUCAAGCAUAGUGUCUUUGAAAAUUUCAUAUUUGUAUAAGUAGUCAAAGUGUUAGUAAUUUUUAUUACCACAGAAUGCCUUGAUCUUACUCUGAAAACAUUUGUGUUAUGUGCGCUUGAUAUGUUAAACGGUGUUUCAUAACUUUAAAUCGUUUUAUCUAGCGUAUCUUGAAGAUGAUUAUGGAAUUUAUCUGUGAGACUCGCUUAGAUAUCAUUAGAUAAUGUUGAUUGAGAUUUAUCAAAAUCGCAGAAUUCUUCAUGAGAAUCACAACAAUUCUACUUGUGAUUUGUAAAAAUAGUGUUAAAACGUGUAACUAAUCGAACAAAAAAAGAUCAUAUAUAUUCUCUAGGCAAUUGCAGCUUCCAUCAGAAAUUUCAUUGCUUGUUUAUCAGUUCAAUUUUGAUCCUUUUAACAAAAUGUCUAUCACAUAUUCUUAUUUCAUUUGUUACUUGCGUUCCAAACUAAAAUAAUGAUUCAACGUGUCUCCGUGUUUAUGGUUAGAUAAGGUUUUCGGUGCACAGUUCUGAACGCUAUUUUUAUAAAUUUGAAGUAAAUGCGAUUGAAAAGAGAGAAGAGGGGGAGAGGUUAGUAAGUGGCAAAUAGAUUAUUGGGAUUAUUUGUAGUUCUAGAUUGUUUUUAGUUCCAAUAAAUUUGUAUAACGUGCAGUGAAAGUCGACGAAUGGGUGAGAAAGCGAAAGAGAAAAACGAUAAUAGCGAAGGAGAUGAAGGGCUGUGUACAACGGGAAGUAAUAAGCGCAACAAUAUUGUCUGUGCAAGCUUCAGAUUAAUUGCAUGUUAAACAUGUCACAUUAUAUAUAUGAUGAUACACGCGUACCUAUAUUAACGGUAUGAAACCACAUAAGAUCUAUAGAUUAAAAGUUCUUUGUUUGAACAUACAAUAAAAUAAUAAUUAUAUACAUAUCGGUAUAUAAUGCAUAUAUCUAUUUGGUACACUUGGAAGUCAGCGACACGAUUCCAUAAAUUAUUUUCGACAAUCUCGAAAAUUUGUACGACAGACACUAUAAUUACAUUAAUUGCAUGCGCGCCUGAUAAAUUAACAAUGCCGGUACAACGGCCAAUAUUACUUUUGACGUGUUAUAAUCGUUCAGAACGCGAAUUGGUCAAAGAUUUUACUCGCUCAUAAAGUAAAAUGAUUUUGCAUGCAAAAACUCGAAAGUUAUGGUCUUUCUAAUAAAAAAUUCCAUUCGAGUAAAAUCUUUGUCAACAUAAACAAAGAGAUAUCUGUAAUGUCUUUUGAAAAUCUGUAUUCUGCAGCAAGUGUACUAUAAGCGAAAGUGUAAUAUAUUUAUAUACGCAAUAUAUAAUUAUUCAAAAUAA